CCCAGGUUUGGUCGAGAUAAACUGGUGGUACAGCUGGAAGGAUACAACUUAAGGUAUUACUUGACCUUAUAACCUCUAGGUCAGCAAGGCGGCAGGUUGAAGUCUGACUCUUCUACUGUAGUGUGUGGAAGGAGAUAAAUGGAUGAACAACAAGAGGGAAUGGAUGUAAAACUUGUUGAUGCUAGCUGUGUACAUGAGGAACCAAUGGAAGUUGGCUCUUCAUGUACCUACGCUGAACCUCACAUCAGUAAAGACGAGACAACAAAUAUUGGAAAUGCUGGUGUAGUCCUUCAUGGCACCAAGAAAAUGGCAGAAGACCUUCCAGGUGGUGAGAAAAAUGUAACUGAGUCAGGCUCUUUCCAAAAAAUGAGAGAGGAAGUGCUUGCGGACUUACUUUUAUCUUCCACUGAUGAGGAUAGUAGCAUUUGUAAUACUACCACCUCCUCCGAUAUUCGUGGAGGAGAAAUGAUACUUGACCUCGUCUUUGGAAGUGAAAGUGAGACUAGUAGCUCUUCCUCCUCAUUUUUUGGACUUAAACCUGACUCGUAUGAAACUGAGAAUUCUCUCUCCUCCAUAGAUAUGGAGAAGACAGACUCUGAAUAAAGAAAGGUUGUUGAGAAUGCAGACAAGGAGUUAUUUUUAAAGAAAGUACCAGAUGUUUUUAGUAAAUUUUUCUGUUAAAUGAAAGGGCAUAGCUAGCUUGCUUUAGACUUUUAUUAAAAGUCUUUCAAUAAGAACAGUAACUGAAGUGUUUAUAGAUAAAAUAAAUUUGGGCUUAAGGAACAAUAUUUAAUGCAUUUGCUUACUUUUAUAUAAAACUAACAAUAUCUCAUACUUACAGCUGUAAUAGUCAAUUACAUAAAAAACCUUAUCAAUAUAUGUAAAUGUUAGAUUGUUUUGAGUUUUCAAGUACCUGAUUGUCUUAGACAUUUAUUUUCUUUACUUUUUCUUAUAGAAGUCAGUCUUUCCCAAUACCAUUAAAAUUUAAAUUUUUACACUUCAGAAUAGUUAAGGAAAUUUUGUCAGUACAAAACUAGAGGAGAGUAUAUUAUAAUAUAUAAUAUUUGAUAGUGAACUAUUGCAGAUGCUAUGGAAAGGCUGAAUAAAAUUAAGAUUGCCUUUUUUGUACUGUACUGUAAUGCCUUCUGAGUUUUCAGCAUUGCUUUUUUUCAACAUUUUUGGGCAGCCUUUAUACUCUGAUCCAAAAUAUGUACCAUUCCUUUGAAUUCACCAUCCCAUAAUUUCUCUUGUAAUGCAUUCCUUGUAUUGUACUGACUACAGUACUGUAUGUCUCAGUGUAACAAGUUGUGGAAAGGUUGCAAUAUUUGCAUUUGUUAAGUUAUAGUAUACAUAAACAGAGAAACUAUUAAAGAAAUGUUAUAUAGUGUACUGUACUGUAGUAAUUAUAUUUUAUAUACCAAGUUAUGGAGCUAUAGAUUAGGACACUUCUCAUAAUUAGUCACUAGAUACAUAAUUUUAUUUCAUGGAUGUGCUGUAUAAACUUGCUUAUAAGUCAGGAGGAAAUUUUUGUGUAAGAGGGAUGUAAUUUAAUUUUGUGCAUUUAAAUUUUACUAUUAUUAAACAUUGCAUUUGCAAAGUGGUUUUUGAUCUAAAGGUGAGAGGCAUUUGUGAAGACAAGAUGUGUAUUCAUAAGUUUGUCAAAUAUGAGUGAAAGUUUUUCUCAUUAACCUUCAUCUUGCUGACUGAUUAAACAUAUUGUAUUACACAUGUAUUAAAAAUAAAGUAUACUGCA